GAAUAUGCAUUUAAACGCAUGAUAAUCUUUCCGUUAUAUGUCGCUAUUUUGUCCCAAUUAUUUUCACCUCCGGUUCCGCGGAGUAGCAUUUUCACAAAAACAAAACAUUAGUAUAUGUUGAUUGGUAGACCUGAAUGCUUUAUGUUUUCAACUCGUUUAGGCGAACUGAUUUGAUUUUCCCACCAGGACUCGAGGAAACGAAAUCUUCAUCCAUAACAGACGUCGGAUCUUUUGGGAAAUGGGAACUUACUGUUGAAGACAGUGUGCUCAUCAACUUCAAGUCACAGGCACUUUCCACCAUCGAAUGACAAAGAUCUGUGUCUCAGUGAUAGUCACGGUGGAUGUUGACGACGGCUUGGCAAGUACACCGCUGGUUCCUGAUUGCGGCCUCAUAUUAAAAGCCUGACGUUGUGAAAAGGUUGAGAGCUGGGCCCACAUUUCGGAACCGGAUGCCUUGGAUACCACCCAGUACAUCAAAGAUACCGCUGACCAUCUCUGUCGUCUUCUUAGAAGCGCCGCUGAAAAACUGCUGUCUCGUUUAUGGUGGAUACCGCUGACUAUCAAUAACGUUUCAUCAUUCAACAUUGUGACUAGAAGUUUGACCAAGCUUGGCUGCCGUCUCAUCAAUCUCGGAUACCACUGGCUAUUAUCGCAAGCAUAAUAAAUAGAUUGCAAUUUACUUUGCUGCUUACCAUACCGCUGUCUAUUUACUGCCGUCAAAAAGUGGUAAAACCGCUGACUGCCACCUCAUAAUAUGCCGUAUGUCAAUUUGCACAUUUGCACAGAUACGGCUGGCUCCACCUGACUGCUUUUUGUAAAGUAGCAUUACGUUUUUCUUUCACUCACUUGUGCUCACUUCACUCAACUCACCGUCUUUUUUAAGGAGACAUAACUGCUAAUCCUAAAUAUGGUUGCCGACACAGACGCAAUCGUGGAAGCGACGGUCUCAACACUCCUCUGCGUUCUUUCCAUCAUAGGCAACACGAAUCUGUUUAUGAUAGUGUACAACAACAAAACCUUGCAAACCACCGCAAACUACUAUAUUCUGAGUCUUGCAGCCGCUGACCUGUUAGUGACUAGUGUCAGUGGGCCUAUCAUGGUGGCGGUGAUAAUCCGCGGUGAUUGGUUCCUGGGAGAGAGAGCCUGUGUUGCUUUUGGCUACAUCACAAUCACGACUUUCAUAGCAUCCGUCGCCAACCUCACUAUGAUAACGGUGCAUAGGUACAUCUAUAUCGUACACUGGAAAAAGUACAAGCUCUACUUUACUACACGGAGACUAGUGAUGUUUGGAGCAUCUGCGUGGCUGUUUGCGCUCACCCUCUCCGCGCCUCCCCUUCUAGGGUGGGGUGAGUAUGGGUACGUACAUGAUCAGAGAUACUGCUUCGUGUUGUGGUCGUCCAACCUCUUCUACAUGUACUUCACCGUGAUCAUUUGCUUCUUCGGACCGCUUCUAACGAUGGCUGUUUGCUAUUACAAGAUUCUUAUGUUUACAAGAACACUACGCAAGAGAUUGCACGCACAGUUCCCUAAUGGACUUUCCCUAAAAAAGCCAGUACUGAAUCCUGGUAACCAGUUCAGGGGAAGGGAACUGAAGAUUGCGUCCCCGGAAGAGUCUAAGAUAACCCACACGCUACUGAUUGUAGUGGUGUGCUUUAUGGUAUCGUGGGCCUUGUUUGCCGUGACGAUCUUCCUGAAUGUGUACCUACCCGGGACUGUUCCGCGCAGGGUAAACAUGUGGAGCUUGAUCCUGGGGUACGUCAACAGCACGUGUAACCCAGCUAUUUACGGCAUCAGGAAUGCCAAAAUCCGCAAAGGCUUUCGGGACAUGUAUGUUAAAUGUCGCUUCCGACGGCGUCGGUAUGAGCACAAUAGUAGAAAUACCACAUCACAAAGGGACUCCACACAAUCGCGCGAGAGGAGUCCAAUUAAUUUCCGCAUGCGCAGUAGAACAGACAAAUGCUACGUGAUCUCCGUUAUUACGAACACACAGGCCAAUACUGCAUGUAAUCCGAUGAAAACUGAUACUGUUGCUUUUGAUGGGAAACAGUCUGUACGAAUAACCGCUUGGCGUACUAGCACAAUAUAAUUCAAAGUACUUUAAAAAGACUAUAUCAUAAAGAUCGGUGUAAGACCGUAGCUAUGGAAACCGUGAACAGUGCAUGAAGUGACGUUGAUUCAUUUUAUACAGAUAGCAGACUGUUUUUAUUAAUCGCCAUUCACUCGUUAUUAACCCACAAGUGACCAAACUGAGUGGUGUUUACAUAUCCAUCCAUCAAGCGAGCUAAAUAAAGCAUCAAAAUGUU